GAAAGCAGUCGACACUCGAACGUCUGCGUGUGCACAUAUCGAACGUGAAUUGUGUGGAGCUGAAAUAAUAUUGGAGAUAUCAUGCUGAAGUCGAUUUUUAUUGUUGCCACAAUGUUGUUGGCCCUUUCGCUGGCUAUUCACCCAGCAGAGGACGACCAAAAGACACAGAGGCGUCUGGUUGUGGCAUCACAAGCUGCUCAUCUGCCGGAGCACCACCAGAAGCAUCAUGCGGGGGCGCCAGCUGAGCCGCACAAGCGUCAUCAUCACCUCGAGUCCAAAGAAAAGGAGCAUGUGAAUCAUGGACGCGUGCAUGUGCCAAUUGCUCCACAUCAUUCCAAGGCUAAUCGUCACGGCAGACGCCACAAGCUGCCCAAGAAUGGGAAAGCCAGCAAGAACAAUCACUCACAGCAUCCGCACCAGAAGUCGGCGCAUCACAAGAAGCAAUUGCAUAAGGGACAUGCGCGCAGGCAUCCUUAGAAGCUUUAUAUAAAUGUGUAUGCGAGGGCUGUAAGAAAAGCUUGGUGAAUUUAAAGUAAAUAAAUGAGGAGAGAGAAUCGAAGCAAACAGAAAG